CGACUUCUGAAUAUAUCUCAGAAUUCUAUUUGCGUCACCAUUAGUCGCGGUUGAAGCAAGAUUCCAUUUCGCGGCACAUAAUCUCAUUUUAAAAGUUGGCUCAACAUGUACCGCUCCUCACGUGUAGUUGUCACAGCUCUGGCGGCAACCGCAGCCACCGCCGCCGUCAUCGAGGAUUUGUGUACAGUAUCUAAUGUGCAGGCUGCUCUUCCCACCAACGGAACCCUGCUGGGCAUCAACUUAAUACCUUCUUCCGUGGCGACGACUAUUGUUUACAAUGCCACUGCUGAAGAAACCACUAAGACCUUCUCCUACUGCAACGUAACGCUCGACUACACACACUCCGGCAAGGGCGAUGUCGUCAAGCUGAACUAUAUCUUGCCGAGCCCCGACGUUUUCUUAAACAGGUUCCUCGUUAACGGCGGAUUCGCUUACCAACUCAAUACUGACUUCCUCGGAGGGCUUGUGUAUGGCGCGGCCACCGGCGGUACGGAUGCCGGUUAUGGUGCCUUGGAAGGUACUUCUUUCAGCAGCGUAUUCUUACAUGGAAACGGGAGCAUUAAUUGGGACACUACGUAUAUGUUUGCAUAUCAGGCACUUGGCGAGCUGACCACCGUUGCGAAACCUCUCUUGCAGGGCUUCUAUGCUACUGACGCCAAAAUUUACACCUACUUUGAGGGCUGCUCAGAUGGCGGACGACAGGGUCUAAGCCAGGUCCAGCGUUAUGGCGAACUUUACGACGGCGUCGUCUUGGGUGCUCCGGCCAUCCGAUACGGGCAGCUACAAGUGAGCCAUCUAUACUCGAAUGUUGUGGAGCAGACCUUGGGCUACUACCCCUCGACAUGCGAGUUUGACAAAAUUGUCAAUGCCACCAUUGCUGCCUGUGAUCCCCUUGACGGGAGGACGGACGGUGUGAUAUCACGGUCAGAUCUUUGCAUGCUCGGCUUCAAUUUGACUUCGGUUAUUGGCGAAACCUAUUCGUGCGCGGCUGCGGCGGACGGCUCCUCGCCAGCUGAAGAUGGGUCGGUCAGCGCAGAGGGAGUCGCUGUCGCUCAGGCUAUUUACGACGGUCUUCAUAACGUCGCAGGGGACCGAGCUUACGUAUCCUAUCAGAUUGGUUCCGCGUUCACCGAUGGCGCAGCCCGAUACAACUCCGCGGACGACUCGUGGUCGCUUGAGAUUGCGCGCAAAGGCGGCGAAUACGUGGCCAAAUUUGUCGAACUGCUUAACAUCGAUAACCUGCCGAACCUCGACGACGUCACUUACGACACCCUCGUUGACUGGAUGACCACUGCGUUUGAGAGAUACUCGGAUAGCUUGCAGAAUAGCCUGCCCGACCUCACCACGUUCCAAUCGCAUGGCGGCAAGAUGAUCCAGUACCACGGCGAGUCCGACCCUAGCAUACCGACCGCCUCGACGGUGCGUUACUGGCAGUCGGUCCGCUCUGUGAUGUACGCCAACGAGUCGGAAGCGGACUCCCUCUCGGCAAUGUCGGAAUGGUACCGGCUCUACCUCGUUCCCGGUGCAGACCACUGCAAACGCAACACUCUCCAGCCGUGGGGACCGUACCCAGUGGGCAUCGUGUACGCGGUAAUCAACUGGGUCGAAAGCGGCGAGGCGCCGCAGGCUCUGAACGCCACCAUUAAUUAUGGCCCUUACGCUGGAGAGGUACAAGGGCUAUGCGCCUGGCCAACCCGCCCCUUAUGGCAGGGCGACAACAGCACGUUCGAUUGUGUCACGGAUGUAGCGAGUCUUGACAGUUGGGAUUACUCGUUUCCCGCUUUCAAGCUCCCGGUAUAUUAGAUGUGCUAUGCGUCGGCCAAAAGUACAGUUAGUACUGUUAAAUUCUAAUUCAUAAUUUAUGUACUUAAUUUCUUGUUCAUAUUGCCUUUGGAC